UACACGACAUAACCGGAAGUGUGCAGCAAUGUAUUUCAGCAUGUUGCAACUAUAGCGUAAGUUCUUUGAGCUGUAAGUGAUAAGUUCAUUAUACGAUCUAGCUUGUUGUUCAUGUUUGGUCGUUGAUCGUGAUGGAUUACAAGAGAAGAGACAAAAGGUCUCCUGUUCGCGAUGGCGAAGUUAAAAUUAAACAGGAAAAGCUCAGUCCUGCUAGGCCUCGGAAAUCCCGCCGCUCGAGUUCGGGCUCAGACCGCAGCAGUACGAGUCCUCCGCCUAGGAGACGCGAGCACAGAUCACCCGUCAGGGAGAAGGACAGGUCUCCUGGGAGAAGAGAGCGCUUGUCGGGUCGGCAUGUGGACAGAUCAGCCCGGGACAGGAGGAGUCGGAGUCCACCACACGGAGCUGAGAACAGGAUAAACAGGGAACAAGAGGACCAUAAUGGAAGAGGAAAUAAGUUAGAUGAGCGACGUGUGAAAAGGGAAGAGCAGCGGCUUCACCAACGAGACCGUGAAAGAGGCAAGGAGAGGCACAGAGACAGGUCUCGAGAACGCGACUCGCGUCUGUACCAGCAGCAGCAAGCGGAACGGGAGCAGCACAACGAGCAUCGCAGAGAAAACCGUCAGAGGCAGGAGGCGAGAGAUGGAAGCGAGACACGUUCCUUUGGUGGUCAAAAUGAAGAGGAGGAAGCUCCUGCUGCUGAGAAAGAGAUGCCCAACUUUGAACUCUCAGGUGCUCUGGUGGAAGAUACCAACACGUACAAAGGGGUGGUGAUUAAAUAUAAUGAGCCUCCCGAGGCCAGAAUUCCUAAAAGGAGGUGGCGAUUGUAUCCCUUCAAAAAUGAUGAGCCACUUCCUGUGAUGUACAUCCACAGGCAGAGUGCUUAUCUGCUUGGAAGGCAAAGGAAGAUAGCUGACAUACCUAUUGAUCAUCCAUCCUGUUCCAAACAGCAUGCUGUAUUUCAAUACAGAUUAGCAGAGUUCACCCGAGCAGAUGGUACCACUGGCAGGAGAGUGAAACCCUACAUCAUCGACCUUGCUUCUGGUAACGGCACAUAUCUGAACAAUCAGCGUAUAGAACCGCAGCGCUACUAUGAACUCAAGGAGAAGGAUGUGCUGAAAUUUGGCUUCAGUAGCCGCGAGUAUGUUCUCCUGCAUGAGUUUUCCGAUACAGCAGAGGUCGACGCUAAGAAGGACGAGGAUGAUGAGGACGAAGGCCUUGAUGAAUAGUCAUUGCACAGUAUACCAAAGUACUUUUGUUUAAAUGGACCUUUACAAAGAGCUCCGACUGUACAGACUCCAUCGCUGUGAUAGACCCUGAUGUUGAUGGGUUUUUAUGGUUUUGAUGUGACCAUUAUUUUGAAAAUGAGAUUUAUCAAGAGAAACAGUGAUGGCCUUUGGCCUGGCGGCUUCUGUGUAUAGAUCUAUUCUCAGAUGGACAGCAUAAGCAUUCUAUCAGACAUCUUUGUGUUGUCUGGUACUGCCCAUUGUAGUCCCUUUAUCCCAAGUGCUCAAUGCGAGAACAAAUAUAUAUUUUGGAUAAUUUUUUGCCAAUUAAUGUCUAGAUUCUGUAAAUAUCCUGGAUGUCGUCCUUGUUUAUUUUAGUUUAUAAGUUUUAAUAAUUAUAAAAAUAGAUAUUUCUAGUUUGCAGACAUAAUAGCGACAUUGUUUAUUAUUGUUCUACUUUAAGGUAAUGACACUUUUUCUUUCAAGUAAUAAGUUGUGUAAUAUUCUGCGUUUUAGAUGUUUUGUAUUGUAAAAUAAAAAACAG